UAAAUUGAAUUAAAGACCACUGCAGAGCGAACAAACAGACGUUACAGCGUUAAAUAGGAUUUUUACUGUUACUGAAAAAUAGUUUUUAGAUUUGAUAGCCAGUCGCCAUGAAGUGCAGUUUGAUUUUUCUGUGUGUAGCCGUUGUUGCAGUUGUUGUCGCCACCGAUGAUUCGUGCACGCCAAAAGGUGCGGCUGAUCUACGGGCCGACCCGUACGACUGUUCGGUGUUUUACGUGUGCGCCAACAAAAAGCUCGUAAAAUUUACCUGUAAUGACAGUGUCUUUGAUCCGCUGACCAAGGCUUGUGUGCCGAAGGGUUCGAUAUGGGACAAAUGCACACCCAAGCCUAGAUCGACUGUAGGCGAAUGUACACCAGGAUCAACGGCUAUUAUCCCCCACCCAACAAAAUGUGCACAGUACUACGACUGCAGUGACAACACUGAGGUCUUCCGAUGGCCACUACACCUGAAAGAAUGUCCAUACAGUCGGGUGUUCAACACCGAAACCAAGAGAUGUGAACACUACAGCAUGGUCAAGUGUGGAGAGAGAGAGGAACCAAUUUCUCAUUGUGACUACGAUGCCUACCAGUGUCGAUCCGCCCACUGCAUUCCGUGUAACGUGAGGUACCCAUCCUGCAAGGGUCUGCCUGACGGACUCAACCCGUGGGUGGGGCGCGAGGUGUCGCCCUAUUUCGUCGUGUGCAACAACAACAGAACAGUGUAUCAAGGACAGUGUCACCAAGACAACAGCUACUACCUGUUUGAUGCGGUAAAGAAAACCUGUGUAGAGCUGGUCUAAGUUAAAAUAAGAUGACUUAUUACAAUGUGAAGUAACUGGUGGGCUAGAUUGAGUGAGAGAGCGAUGAGGUGAGGUGGGGUGGGUGAGUGGGUUUGUGACGUGCAAUAACAAGUCGUGCCAUGUUGCUGUCUAUAGCACGCGACAUACCCUAUUGGUUUUAUUAAUUUCAGUAAGGUUUUUUUGUUGUUUCUUUUGAAAUUGUGUUUUAAGAACUCGACGCUACCUAGAAAAUAGGGACGACCCUACUUUUUUUCAAUUUAUUAAAAAAAAAAAAAUAUAGUAACCCAUCUUUCAAAUUUCUUAAAUACGAGAUUCAAAAUUAUUUAAUUUCAAAUUAAUUAAUUGUUAACAUAAUAUAGUUACCUCAGUUCAGCGAAAAGUACCAACACCAAUGCUAACUAUCCAAACAUUUUACUUAAAGUAUGUUUUAUUGUAAAUAUUUGUAAAACACAUUAUAACAAUUAUGUUUCUUAUUGAAAUCUGUUGUCUCACGAAAACCUAUUUCAUGUACAGUUAUAUGCCAUGUCUUGCCUAUCAUAAUUUAUUUGUAAACUUGUACACCUCUGAUGUCGCCGAUUGGUGUCUUUAAAUAUAAUGUAAUAUGUCCCAUUCUGAAUCUGUACUAUAAGCUGGGGGUGAGGGAAACUCUGAAGCUUAUGCACUCCCAGUUUUAAAAGGGGAUUAAUAUAUAUAUAUAUAUAUAUAUAUAUAUAUGCUAAUUACACACACACACACACACACACACACACACACACACACACACACACACAUACAUACAUACAUACUAUCCUGUACAACUGCUAUUUCCGCGUUUACAAAAAAUAUGAAAUUCCCUAUGUUAGUAUUAUAGUAUUAUUAUGACAUAUUUAUAUAAAAAUAUUUAAAAAGUAAACCCCGGAUGUUCAGUAUUAAAACAGGUUUGUUUUAGUUAAUAUAAUGUAUAAAAAGCAAGUUACAGAUCAGUGGCGGAUCCGGAAGAUCCAUUCAAUGAAAUGUGGCUGAAAGGAUUCCUCGGAUUCUCCAAAGUAGAAAGUGAAAAAUAAAAAUAGAAUGAAAAUAUAACUAUCACAAAAUGUAGGGGCGGGGGCGGUCUAGGAUUAAAAUACCAAAAGGCCGUGGUACGUGCUAUCCUGUCUGAGAUGGUGCAUAAAAAAGAUCCUUUGCUACAAAUGGAAAAAUGCAUCGGGUUUCCUAUCUAAGACUAUGUCUCAAAUACCAAAUGUUUGACAUCCAAUAGCCGAUGAUUAGUAAAUGUGCUCUAAUAGUGUCAUUAAACAAAACAAACUUUGUAUCUGUUUUAUAAUUUAACACGGGAUACUACACCUUUGUUAAGUCUAACCUUUAUACAUAUUACAAUAUACAACAUACUUGUAUAAGUUCAUGAUUAUUGUUGUGUGUACUUGAUGUAUGUUUACAGUAAUAGCAGUAAAUGUUUCUUAUUGAAAUUAUCUUUUAUUCUUUACUGUCGAUAUUCAUUAUGUCGAAAAUUAGUGGAUCGACUGACGAACUUCGACUUAUGUGUAAUUCUAAAUAACUCUCUACAUAUCCAGCUAGUAGCAGAGGCGGAUCUA